ACCAUCGUCACGCACGCCAUAGAAUCGCAUAGUCGCCUCAUACACACAACUAUUUCGAGCAUCGACGCUCUUUGACACCUAACAAUGUCACUCAAUCUCUCCUGGCCAGCCGCAACCAUGCGCGCAGUUGUUUACCAUGGCACGCCUUUCGAAAUGAUGGUACAAGAUGUCGCCAAGCCAGCCAUCCUGAACGAGACGGAUGUCGUUGUGCGGGUGACCACCUCGGCCGUAUGCGGAUCCGACUUGCACAUCUAUCGCGGCUACAUGGGCGGUGCGGUGCCAUGGACAAUGGGCCACGAGGCCGUCGGCUACAUCUCGGAGAUUGGCGACGCCGUGUCCUCCUUCGCCGUUGGGGACUAUGUCAUCAUUCCCGACACCGUGUCUGAGGAUCAUCUGGAGAUGGAGCCGAGGUCGAAGGAAUACUUCGGCUUCGGGAAUAGUGAGAUGGGUCUAGGCGGUCUGCAAGCUGAAUACGCGAGGGUCCCUUUCGCUGAAGCCAACCUGAUCCCCAUCCCAUUGACUCACGAAACCGCCAAUUCGACGAUCGAGCGCGACUACCUGACCGUUUCGGACAUCUUCGCUACGGGAUGGGCCGGCAUCGACUACACCGGAUUCGAACCCGGCGAUUCCGUCGCCGUUUUCGGGGCGGGUCCCGUUGGGUUGCUUUCUGCCUACUCGGCCAUUUUGCGUGGAGCGUCCAAGGUCUACGUCGUCGACCAUGUCAAGGACCGCCUCGAUCUCGCCGCUUCCAUCGGCGCCAUCCCGAUCAACUUUGCUGACGAAGACCCCGUCGCCCAGAUUCUGGCUCGCGAGCCGGACGGGGUCAUGCGCACUGUAGACUGUGUCGGCAUGGAGGCGUUGAACUCGAGCCUUGAGAUGGACGAGAGCAUUAUCACACAACAGAUGAUUGAGGUGGCGCAUUUCAAAGGAGGCCUGGGCCAACUGGGCGUGUAUAGUUCGCAGGACGAUUUGCCUGGCGCACCGUACGGCAGCGACAUCUCGCCCACGAUUCCUUUCCCCGUCUCGUCCUUCUUCGCCAAGGGCCUGAGUUUCCGAACAGGGGCCGUUGAUCCGAAGCAGUACGCUCCGCAGUUGAUCGACCUCAUCAAUAGCGGCAAAGCCCACCCAAGCUUUGUGAUCAGCGCAGUCAUUGGCAUCGAGGACGCGCCAGAGUACUACGAACGCUUUAAUGGAAGGAAGGAAACCAAGGUAGCCAUCCGCUUUCCGGAGUAGGACGGCUUGAUUGCACGAGGCUUUCGGUGUGUAUGGAGAGGAAACUGCGGCAGUCUAAGUAAUAAAUACGGAUUCCUCCCCAUAUCCCGGCCCGGAGUCCUGAAAUUUUGUCUCAAUACACCAAAAGCAUACAUGUUGCAACGGCCUGCAGGGCAUUCUCCUGGCGAUCCGGAGGUUCGCUCGAAUCCCGCUUAGACAUUAAUAUGUAUAUCUUCAAGCCUUUUUGUUUGGACCUGGCCGACUUCGCGAGCUGGCAGGCUAGUUCGACGGUGCCGUAUCAAGAUGCUUUGCACCUGACCUCGCCGGCGAGAUGAUGCAGCAGGCAAGCGCGUUUGCAUCCGUACAGAUGUAUCCGACAGUCAAAUCGGGCAGUUGCGACAUUGUGCGCAGAAUGUUUUGAAGAUUGCUGUUGGAGCCAAAGAGCAAGCAGAUAUGAUUUGCUCAAGGGGGAGGAAGUAGAGAAUUAAUGUGGCAGGAUGGAGUCG